UCAUGAGUUGAAGGGAAGGUUUUCCCGACGUUUAGUGCCAAAUGCCCAUCUAAGUGUGAUCCUGCCAAAGGAGGAAGAAUAAGUGGAAACUGGGAUGAAGAUGGACUGAAAGUGUGUGGCCUGCGAAAUGGUAGAUUUAGUGAUAAAAGGAUCAAAGUGUGCAGCAAUUGUGGAUACAGGGGCAGAGAUGAACAUCAUCAGGGAGGCUGAUGCACUCAGGUUUGGGUUGGAGAUAAACCACUCGGAUUGCGACAUUCUGCACGGGACCAAUUGCAAGGCCGUAUUUUGUGGAACAGCGUCUAACGUGCUUAUCGAAAUCGGGAGAGUAAAGGCCACAGCUUGCUUCUUCGUCAUGCCAAACAUGGAUCAUGCCAUCCUCCUAGGGAGAUUGUUCCUAUAUAGGACAGAGACGUUGAUGUUCUACAAACACGACGGAACUCUGAUCCUGAUCCUGUGUGACCCGACGUGCGGGAACUAUGAGAUAAUUACUUGUCGGAACACAGACCCGCGAAGCAUAAGGAACCGACCCAAGUCUGGUUCAUUCACGAUUGAAGAGUCAAAGGACGAGCGUCGGAGGUUCCGUGAGGAACCACAAGAGGAGGCACAAGAGAAGGUAUUUUCCCUCAGCCUAUCCGAUGUGAACAAGGCCAUGGAUAUAGUGGCCACACAUGAGAUGGCGGAUCCAGACGCCAUUCACGCACUCAGGGAGCAAGUCCUGGAAUGUCCCCAGGCUGGGGAAGUAGAGCUGAUCUAUCGGCUUCCGGGCGGAAGGAGGGACCCUGCAAUGAUGCAGGCGCAAGUAGGAUAUGAGCAAAAGGCAGAGCUGGUGCUCAAGCCUUUUGAGGAAGAGGACCCAUGGGGUGGCAAAGAUGUCCAGUGGAUGAUGAAGUUGACGCUGACAGGCGAGCAUAGUCUGGUGGAGGAAGUGAAAACGAUAGAAGAAGGGUCAAACCAGGUAGAGAAGCACAAGGAGUUGAUUGGGGGAAUGUAUCUGCUCGUCAAUACACUUUUGCAAGGGAAUUUUGAUCAAGUAAACUCGCUGAAUCCGGCUGAGAAUAAAGAUACUGUGUCGGAGAGCCAGGAUGACGAGUUUGAGGAAGUGGAGAUCAAAGAAGCGUUCCGUGCAGAGGAGUAUGAUGAGAUCUACCUGGAGCUGAGACUUCUCUUAUCAUGUGAGAUGCGGGAUAGGGAUGCUAGCGAAAGGGCUCAAAAGAUGAGGCAGCUCUACCUAAUUGAGGAGCUGGAUGAAACAGAGUGGAAGGAUUGGGUAUCAGGAACGAGGCUGAAAAAGUUUGUGGCAAAAGAAGAGAGGAGCAAGAGGCAGAGGGACCCUAAGCCCAGAGAGGCCAUGCCAUCUCGAGGAGGACGGAAGGCACUCGCCAGGCGGGAGGAGGAGUCAGUACCUGAGGCUGAGGAGCGAGGAGCAUAUCCUGACUGCGGACUUGGCCCGAUGUUUUUUCAUCGUUUCACUGGAGGGGGAUUGAGAGGAUCCCCUCAGCAUGAGCGAGAGGAGGUGCCUCCACCCGGAGGAGCAUUGCAGGAGUCGGAGGUACACCUGGACAUUUUGCGAUGGAGGGUGCCUCAGACUGACGAGAGACGCGAUGAUCCAGCGGGAGGUGUACCACGAGAGGAGGUCCAUGAACCAGUGCGAGAGGCGGAACGAGAUGCUCAGGGAGGACGAGUAAUAGAGGAGGUGAUAAACGUUGGAGAGGAUACUUCGCCUCGGACGUCGGCUCCAGAAACUGGACCUAAGAUAAUGCCAGAUGUCGCACGAGAGGCAGGGGAGGAGCUCCAGCAGGGAGAGGCUCCACCACCUCUCCCAUAUGUGACUCUUUCGCCAGGGGUGAGGGUAGAGAUGGAGCGAGAGAGGAUUGGGUGGAGGAGAGAGGCCCUUUCUACGAUUGACAGGUAUCUGGCUGCGCAUGCUCAGGAGCACCCUGAUAUUGAGAGGCCUAUGAAGCCACCACGGGAGCCACACCAGGCAGAGAGAGAGGCAUUGGUCGAGAUUCCGGAGAGAGAGGGUCAUCGGACCAGAGGGAGAGCGCCAACAGUUGAGGCAGAGGUCCGAGAGCUCAGGGCAUUGGUGAUUAGUCAAUAUGCCAUUAUCCAGGACUUGAGGCAGCAACCUCGAGAUAUGGCGACCAAGAUGGAGAGGGAGGCACCUACCAAAAUAGGGGAUUGGACUGAAAGUAGACGCUAUGACAUCCAGAGUGAGGCACUCCAGGGUUUAUUUCGGCCACCAUAUAUGGCGGGUCCAUCCCAUGAGCCAUCUAUUGGGAAGGCCAUCCUGGAGCUUGAGGAAGCAAAGGCGAAGAGGGAAGCAGAAAGGGAGGCCCUUGAAGUUAAGGCCCCUACUGAGCUUGCCGCCCAACUUAUGACUUCUUCAAGGCCAGCGACGGAGUCCUCGACACCACGAGCUGGAGACAGACCACGGACAACCGUCAGUGAACCUGCACUUGGAUCUGACGAGGGGUCCAUGAAUGUGCUCCUUGAGGCAGUCGACACGAUGCAGGAGGAGGCGAGUCUGUUCAUGCUCGAGCAGAGGGUGGAGGAGCCUAAUGAGGGAGAGACAGUGGUUGCGAUGGCGGAUGUCUUCGAGGGCAGACCACAAAGGUUAGAUACGUCUGAGUACAGGCCUGAGGGAGUUGGAAUACGGCUAGAGCCGAGUACUUAGGAAUUGGAGACGAGACAUGAGGAGCCUAUGGGUAUGCCCCAAUAGC